AGAAUCUCGACCUGACCUUGCACAUAAGUGUAUGGCGGCUUGAACCGCCAUUGAUCAGUUCUGACCAACAAAUAAAUUUAGAGAGAUGGAGUUUGAUGUAUUUGAAAAGUUGAGUGAACUGGAGACUGAAAUCCACAUUUUGAAGAAGGAACUCGAAGAAAAAGAUGCAUUUAUUCAAAACCUGAUGGACAAAAAUACAGACUUGGAACGCCGUCUACUAUCUCUCGAUCAAAACAGUUUGACCGGUGAAAAUAAUUUACCACGUUUAAAAGAGGUUGCUCCCAACGGUUCGAAUACAACCGACUCUAAAACAUAUGGUGCAAUCGUAUAGUGAAAUUUAUAUUUCAUUCUUAGGUGCAUCAAUAGCUAAUAUGCUUAAAGAAACAUCAGAAGCUGUUGUACGUAAUACAGGCUACACAUUCGACGAACGAACUGGUUUGUAUUAUGAUCAUAAGAGUGGCUACUAUUAUGAUCCGGUAUGUUAUUUGAAACUAUUUGAACGCAAAUAAUUUUAGGAGAAUCAAUUAUUUUACGAACCCAAAACGGGGACAUACUAUAAGUAUAAUUCAGAAACCGGUGAAUAUACAAAUUAUACCGCAUCAGAAGAUGAUGCUAUGAAUAGCAAAUUCAAGGAAUUCGCUCAUCCGGUGUAUGCACACUUACUAAAGGUAAGAAGUUUCAUCCAUAAGUGUUGAUUGUAUUUUGCAAUUUCAUGCGCAAACUUGUUUGCUUAAAACAAAUAUAGAUUGAUUGAAAACUUUCUUUUUUAUAAUGUUCCAGCCUAUUCUGUUUAAUUAUUUUAGGUCAGUUUAUAUCGAGUCAUCGGAUCAUCAGUGGAGAUACAGUUGUACAGGAAACAAUCAAAUCCACUCGAAAGAAACAAACAUUUAACAUUUUAUCUCGAUUUCUUUACUUUCAUACUCUUUUAUUUUCAUUGCUUUUCACUUUCGGGAUGUAAUUGUUGGGGGUGUUGAAUGAAGAAAAUGCAACAGCGCCACAAAGCGGAAAAAGAAAAUGAUCAUGGUUACCUAUCAAAAACUGUAUCUAGACAUAGUCGAUCAACAAGCAGUGAUAUUGGUCAUCGUAGAAGACGGCGAAGUCGUGGUUACUCUGGUUCGCACUGCUGUCGUUCGUACUACAAACGUGGGCGUGAAAGUCCAUCAUUUCAUAGACAUACAAGGCGCAGACAAAAAUCUUACAGAUCCUCCUAUCGUUCUGGUAGUUCUCGUAGUGAUGAAAGCCUCUAUAAACGUAAAAAACACCGGAGAAGAAAACACUCUCAUCGACGCCGGCAUAAAUCAUCUUCCACUGGUUCUGUGUGUUCGCACAAAAGUCGAAAUUCGACACAUUCAAAAAAGAGAAGAAAACGAAAGCACAAAAUUCACAGGGAGAGUUCCGAUAGCACUUCUUGUAGUUCUAAUCCUCUAAAACAAAAGCGAAAACCGUUAGACAAGGAAGAAGUGGUCACAUCAUUUAGUGGAGAUCCGGUUGUUUAUCCUCCAUGUGUACGUCUUAUGGUACUAGCAUCACAAUAUACUCAACCAGGACAACUGUUUAUAAUUACAAGCCAAGAGUCAAUUGAAGGCAAAGGUUGUAUUGGACAGUCGUUUCAUUUAUGUCCACAAGCGUAUUUAACAGAUGAUCCCGAGAUAAGUGAGUUGCAAUGUGAAGUUAUUUACGAUACAGAUACUCGUCAGUAUUCUCUAUUGGAUAGAGGUUCUAAUUUCAGCACCACUAUCAAUGGGAUUACGUUGCCAAAGUGUAAAUCAUCCAUAUUAUGUCAUGGUGAUAUAAUACGAUUAGGAUCAACUCGUUUACUUGUACACAUACAUAAUGGUAAUGAAACAUGUGGACAAUGUGAUCCAGACGAGAUUAAGGCUGCUUUAACUUCAAUUGUAGACGUCAGUGAAACAAUCAAUUCUGCAAAUCAUAAGAAUACAGAAAAUCUAACUGGAACUAUACCAACACCUUCAUCAAAAGAUGCUGAAAGAAGAGCUAAAUUAGAUGAAAUAAAAAAAAAAUAUGGUUUAAAGUUUCCACGAAUAAGACCUCAAGCAAAAACAGACAAACAAUAUAUGGAUCGUGCUGCACAACGACGUGCAAUCGAAGCGAAUUUAAAAGCAGCAGGUUAUCCAUUACCUCCUGCACCAGGUGUAAUAAUACAUCAAAUUAAUAAAACUCCACUAAUAACUCGACCAACACCAGCCAGUGUACAUAAACCGAUUGGAGAUGAAAAUAAAGGAGCUAAAUUAUUAGCUAAAAUGGGUUGGACACCUGGUCAAGGAUUGGGUAAAAGUAAAACUGGAAUCUCAGAACCGAUAACUGUUAAUUUACGUAUUAAUCCACAAGCUGGUCUUGGUUCAAGUAAUUCAUCAAAAAACACAAUAUCGAUUGAUUCAACACCAAAAGAAUUAACACAAGCAUAUAUUCGUGCAAAAACCAAAGAACGUUUUGAUAAAUUAUCAUAAUUAUUAUUAUUAUAAAACUUAUUUAAUAAUAAUUGAAAAGCUAUUUGUUUAUGAAUUUAGGUAAUUAAAUUAUAUAUAAGAAAAUAAAUGUAUAUUUUAUAAAUAGAAUUUUAAUUAUGGA